UGUUUGGCGGAACAAAUCAGCCGCAGAGAGUGUUUAUUCUUGAAGCUUUAAAUUAUUUUUGUUUGGUCGAAAUUUGAAAGAGUUGAAGAUGAUGUCGGAUCUUCGUAAGGAUUUGGCAGAGGAGGUCUUCGCUAGGCUUCCGGUGACAUCGCGAUCAGCUUGCAAAAAGGGGAAUACUUUAUCCAAAGAGCGGAGCUUUACAAAGAAGCAACUUGGUCAAGAUAGAUCAGCGACGAAGAAGAAGAAGAAGAAGAAGGAGGAGUUACCUUCAAUGUUGGAUCUUCCAAGGGAUAUGGCAGAAGAGGUGCUGGCUAGGCUUCCGAUGACAUCUCUGAGAGGCUUCCGAGCUGCUUGCAAAACGUGGAACACUUUAUCUAAAGAUGGGAGCUUUACAAGGAAACACCUUGCUCAAGCAAAAGCUGCAGCAGUAAGGGAGUUUACGGUGGUCAUGGUGAUAGAUUUCAAGGUUUAUUUGACGAAUCUCAGUCUCCACAAGGGCGUUGACCGACCUAUAAACCAUCAAGGUAAGCUUACUAGCCUAGACGAUCCGAAUCAAGUCGAGAUAUCUGGAGUUUAUCACUGCGACGGUUUAGUCUUAUGCAUCACAAAGGGCUUCACUAGGCUCGUUGUUUGGAAUCCGUAUUGGGGUCAAACUUUGUGGGUCAAGCCCAGAAGACUUCACCAACGUCCGCACAUGUAUAGGUAUGCUAUUGGAUACCAGAAUAGCAAGUCAUGCCGAAGCUAUAAGAUUUUGAGAUCUGUUGAAUUUGAAAGUGUUGCUAAGUACGAAAUCUACGAGUUAAACUCUAAUUCAUGGAGGGUUCUUGAUGUCACUUGUGACUGGUAUCUACAAUAUUAUGCACGUGGCGUGUCUCUCAAAGGAAAUACUUAUUGGUUUGGUGUACACAAGUAUCAAGAAUUGGUAUAGAUGCAGGAUUUUUUGAUCUGUUUUGAUUUUACAAGAGAGAGGUUUGGACCACGUCUUGGUCUGCCGUUUCGCUCUUUUGAGGAAGAUACCGUGAGUCUCUCUAGUGUUAGAGAAGAGCAACUUGCUGUUUUAUUUCAGCGUUGGGACAACUUACAUAUGGAGAUUUGGGUCACGACUAAGAUUGAGCCUCAUGUGGUUUCAUGGAGCAAGUUGUUUUUAGCAGUGGAUAUGGAACCACUCACUGGUUUACAGUUUGCAGUUACAAAGGGGAGUUUUUUUAUUGACCAAGAGAAGAAAUUGGUGGUGGUUUUUGAUAACGAUAAAGAUCGAGAUAAAGGCAAGGUGAGGAAUCCCCGCAACACAGCUUAUAUCAUUGGAGAGGAUGGGUAUUUCAGACAAGUGGAUCUCGGAGAAAGUUCAGAAAGAUCUAAUUGCCCACUUGGCUGUUCAUAUGUUCCAAGCUCAGUGCUCCUCAAACCAGGAGGCAAACGGAAAAAGAAGAAUCCCAUUAUUUAUUAGUCCAUUUGCGCUACCUUUGCUUUGUGGUGAGCUUCUUUGUUUUAAACCAAUUACCAAUAUGUUUGAAACUUCUUUGUCAAAAGUUUAAAAUUAUGUGCUCUGGUUUCGUUUUUGGUUUUGUAAGAGAGAUAAUCCUUGAUUCGUUACCAAGAGAGUUAAUC